GUCGAAAUGGAAGCGGGGGCUUUUGCUCAUGCUGCUACUAUUGAGCCAAUCGAAUCGCGAGACCGGGUCGACGAGGUGGACGAGUUUCCUACGUCUGAUUACGAUGCCGAGUCUGUCAGCUUUCAGGCUGCAAGCUUGAAUUCGAGUAUAUAUCAACACUUUUAUGAGAAUGGAAGGCGGUAUCACCACUAUCGGCAUGGGACGUAUCCGAUCCCGAAUGACGAUGCCGAGCAGAAUCGAGAUGAUAUGAAGCAUGUAAUGAUGCUUGAACUUACCGACGGCAAGCUAUUCUUCGCCCCGGUCGGUAAUAACCCACAGAAGGUCCUGGACUUGGGCACUGGGACUGGCUCUUGGGCUAUUGAAGUGGCCGACAUGUACCCCAGCGCUUCCGUCGUUGGUGUUGACCUCAGUCCUAUACAGCCCUUGUGGGUGCCACCGAACCUGAAAUUCGUUGUCGACGACAUAGAAGAUUCAUGGAUGCUUGGAGAUGGCUAUGACUUUGUGCACAUGCGCUGUAUCAGUCCGUGGUUGAAAGAUCAACCAACAGUCCUUCAACAAGCGUAUGAACAUCUUAAUCCGGGAGGGUGGAUAGAAAUCCAGGAGCUCGAUGCUCGUGCAAACUGCGAUGAUGGAUCUCUUCCGCCUGACUCCUCCCUAGGCAAAUUCUUUGACACGGCCGAGGCUGCUGUAAGAAGUUUCGGCAUGAACUUCAGAGCUGGCGAGAGACUUGGGGAGCCCCUCCAAAAAGCUGGCUUCAUCAACGUGGGAUGCAUAGUAUUAAAGGUGCCCAUUGGAGCGUGGGCAAAGGAUCAGAAGCUACGCCUAAUAGGACUGUACUGUCGGACUGCCGUGGAGGACAUGUUUGGAGCCAUGGCUGCAAAACCUUUCCGCCGGAUUAUGGAGGCCAAGGACAUCGAGGCAUUCCUAGCGGCGGCAAGAAAGGAUCUUUAUGAUACAGAGAUUCAUACAUACGAGAAGUACUAUUUUUGGAUGGGACAGAAACCGCUGGUUUAA